AUGGAAUUGGGAAUAACUGAUACUAUCUGUUGUUUUAUUAUUAUUUUACGGAAUUAUCGUCGAGAAAACAGCACUGUUACAACCAUUUGUGAUACUAACAAUUUCAUUUCUUAUAUUAUUAUCAAUUUUCUUUAUCAGUGCUAUUUAUGA